AAAAUUCAUAUGAAAUACAUCCCCAUUCCAUUAUCCGCUCAGAGCGAGAGAGAGAGAGAGUGUGAAGCUAGAGAGAGAAAGCAGUGAGAGAAACCAGAGAGAGAGAGAGAGAGAGAUGGUGGAAUAGCUUGAGGUUCCGGAGGCAUCACAUCAGAGUGUGUUGACAAUCGCUGUUGAACGAAACAAUGGCAAUCGGCUCUGUUCUUUCCAAUCGAAAUUUCGGUUAUUUCAUCGAUUCAGGAAAAAUAUAUCAAAAAGAACAAGCUACAGCACAUCACCGUGGAGACUGGUUAGGCUUUGCUCCUGGACAGAAUGUGCAUACAAACAUGUUCUACAAAAAUUUAUAUGUUCAAAGGGGAAGUUUUUCUUUAUUUAGAUACUCAUAUAGUCCAUCUCUUCGUCUUAUUGGUCAUUCAAAUGGUAAAACUAUGAGCAUUAAUCCUAGGCGAAGUAUCAGAGGAAUAUGUGAAUGCUGUCUUGCUUCAUCUCCCUCUUGCAACAAGUGGGUUCAACCAAGAAAUCUGGAUAAGUUUGGGAUCAAUAGCAGGAAACACCAGUUGUCAAAGCAUGUAAAAGUAAAUAUGACCCGUGUUAGCUACAAAUCUGAUGAGUACGACAUUACUGGAACAGAGGCGGAUGCAUUUGUGUCAUCGGAGGGGUCAAGUGAAGCUGUUUUAGUGGAAGGGGUGGAGCAAAUAAAACCUUGGUGGGAGCAAUUUCCAAAGCGCUGGGUGAUAGUACUGCUAUGUUUUUCUGCAUUUCUGUUAUGCAACAUGGACAGAGUGAAUAUGAGCAUUGCAAUACUUCCAAUGUCACAGGAGUUUAACUUUAACAGUGCAACAGUUGGUCUCAUUCAGUCUUCCUUUUUCUGGGGCUAUCUGCUCACUCAGAUUGUUGGAGGUAUCUGGGCAGAUAAAAUUGGUGGGAAACUAGUAUUGGGUUUUGGAGUGAUCUGGUGGUCAGUUGCAACAGUUUUGACGCCUAUUGCUGCCAGAGUUGGGCUUCCUUUCUUGCUUGUCAUGCGUGCCUUUAUGGGGAUUGGUGAGGGUGUCGCUAUGCCUGCUAUGAAUAAUAUACUUUCGAAGUGGAUUCCUGUCUCGGAGAGAAGCAGAUCACUUGCAUUUGUAUACAGCGGCAUGUAUCUUGGUUCUGUUACAGGGUUGGCUUUUUCUCCUAUUUUAAUCCACAAGUUUGGGUGGGCUUCUGUAUUUUAUUCAUUCGGCUCCCUUGGAAGUAUCUGGUUUGCACUAUGGUUGAGUAAAGCAUAUAGCUCACCUAAUGAAGAUCCAGAGCUUAAUGCAGAGGAAAAAAGGCUCAUCUUGGGUAGCAGCAGUGCCAAGGAGCCUGUGACGGUCAUACCAUGGAGGCUAAUUUUAUCAAAACCACCUGUUUGGGCUCUCAUUAUCUCCCAUUUCUGCCAUAAUUGGGGAACCUUCAUUCUUCUGACAUGGAUGCCUACCUACUAUAAUCAGGUGUUGAAGUUCAACCUCACUGAGUCAGGGCUUCUUUGUGUAUUGCCAUGGUUGACCAUGGCUGUGUUUGCGAAUAUAGGAGGAUGGAUUGCAGACACACUUGUGAGCAAAGGUCUCUCCAUAACUGCGGUUCGCAAGAUAAUGCAAUCAAUUGGGUUUUUGGGGCCGGCCUUCUUCCUUACACAGCUGAGCCAUAUCAAGACACCUGCUUUGGCGGUGCUAUGCAUGGCAUGCAGUCAGGGAUCAGAUGCAUUCUCACAAUCUGGCCUUUACUCGAACCACCAAGACAUUGGGCCCCGUUAUGCUGGAGUACUGUUGGGACUAUCUAACACAGCGGGAGUGCUUGCGGGUGUCUUUGGUACAGCUGCAACUGGAUACAUUCUCCAAAAAGGUUCUUGGGACGAUGUGUUUAAGGUAGCUGUUGCAUUGUACAUCAUGGGCACAUUAGUCUGGAACUUGUUUUCAACCGGGGAAAAGAUUCUAGACUAGACAUCUCCAUAAAAAAUGGAGAGAGAUACAGUCUACAUAACCAAAGUGAUCAAACAGUAAAGAGAUGGAUGAAUAUCAGACACCAAAUAUACAUGGACGAUCUGAUCUGUUCAGCAUUUUCAUAGUUCUCGUACUAAAUUAUGAGGCCCUUAAAUCUCCAGCUCCUGACAAUUUUGCAGGUUGGCUCCAGAAACACGUUAUGGGUACUGCCUCUGUUUCGUUUACCUAUUUUUAAUUUAAGAUAAUUCCGGGUAAUUUGCACCCGUGAAACCCUUUUCCUUGGCCUAUACAGCACAUAAAAGUACAUGUAAUCUGUCAAAGGAAACUUCAUUUGAACCUCAAAAUCUUUGAUAGUGGAUUUAUAUAGCCUCUGUUUUUUUUAUUAUGAAUCA